AUGCAACAAAGAAAGUAUCUUCUUAAUUUCAAUCUUGUUUUCAUCAUCUUAUGUUUUGAAUCUGUGCUAUCGAAUGUAUGUCCGAAUACAUCUUGCAAUUGUACACUGACGAAUAAUACCGAGUUGAUUAUUAGUUGCAACUCGACACCAUUCCUAACGCAAUUACCAACACUCAUACAGAAUAGUUUGCAAAGUACAAUAACUCAACUACGUGUUAUUACAUCGACAGGCAACACAACCGGUCCACUCAUACGAUUACCAACCGAUAUAUGUUCGUACACAAAUUUAAUUGUACUUGAUCUAUCGUCGAAUAGUAUCAAUGGCACAUUGGAUACAUCGGAAUUGAAUUGUUUGAGUUCAAAAUUGACUCAAUUGGAUGUUUCGUCGAAUAGUAUUGAAAGUAUUGAUUUAAGUCUUCUGAAAACAACAAAAGUGUUGCAAUCUAUUGAUCUUUCAUACAAUUCUCUUGGAACUAUGCCGACUAUCGAUGCAUCGACAUACGUUCGUUUUCCUUCAACAUUUGUAUUAUUGAACGUCAGUCACAAUCGGUUAACUAGUGUUGAUUUUUGGCCCAUAUUUGUUAAAACAAGAAAGGCAAUGACAAUCGAUUUAAGUCAUAAUAUCAUUCAGAAUUUCACAAAUUCGAUUCCAAUUUCUGUUGAACAGUUAACUGAAACCCCCGAUCCACGCUAUUUCUAUUUGAAUGACAAUCACAUAACGCAUCUGUCCGAUCUUUUACUUGAACAGUACGGUGCAUGUUCGACGCUCGAUCCAUUGAGUACCGCUUUCUUCGUUGUCGGUAUAUCGAAUGUUUUACUAACACAAAAUCCCUUGGUCUGCGAUUGUCAAUCGUACAAUCUAAUCUCCUACAUCAAUGAAAAUAUCGAAGAUUUUCCGAACAUUUACAAUGGAUCUGCCUUAUUGACACAAGCAGUAUGCUCGGAACCGAAUGGACAAAAGUAUAUAUCGGUUGACUUGAGUCAAAAUAACUGUGCAAAUUAUGUUUUGCCAAAUAUUUCGAAUAUAUUCUGUUCGUUUGCUCCCAACGGCUCGUAUGUAACAAUUACACCACCGACGUAUUGGCCAACGUCGACAACUGCCAAUACUGGGUCAAUAGUCAAUCAUUCGGACAGUUCGUCAACAUCCGUCGCUUGGUAUAUCAUUUUAGGUGUUAUUCUCGGCAUAGUUGUCCUCCUUGCUGCUAUCAUCGCCGUAUGCUAUCUAUGCCGACAUCGACUUUGUCCACAAAAGUAUCAUUCGAAAAAAUUAACUCAUACUCGAACAAAUGCAAAUGGUAUUUAUGAAUUUAUGACUCGAACCAGUAUGAUUUCAUCGGGAAAUAACACAAAAUUACCUCAUACGAAAUCACAACAUGCUUCAAUGUCAAUACUAGCGAAUCGAUCUAAUCAUCAAGCCAACGGCACACAGCGAUCGAGUGAUGCUGGUGGCACUGGUUUACCUACGAAUUCCAAGCCACUGGAAGACAAUGGCAAAUUAUCCAACAACGAUGGCAGUCAAACAGAUUUGCAUCCCGAUCGAUCGAAACCACCCAACGGCCAUCUACUUUCAACUCAACAUUUUCAACAGCAAUCGAAUAAUGAUGUGCAUCAGACCGGUAUUCUACCUCUUCCAUCGGUAAUCGACGUUGCUACGAAUACCGCAAAUGGUAUCAAGGGAAUUCCAAUAUCGGCGUUGCCAAUCAAAUCUCCGCCAAUGUCUCCAACUGCUCUCGAUGCAAAUACAUUCGACAUAAGUAUUACAUCAAUUCCGACAGCACCAUCGAAACGCGCGAAGCUUUUACCACCAAUCAAAACCGGUAAUGUUCUCAAUACAACAAAUGACAAUCUAUUGAACACAUCAGCAGGUACAUUGAUUGCUGAUCAGAGACAACAGCGACGCAGUUCAUUAUGGACUCGAAAACAAAAUCAGUCCAUCAUAUCUCCAUUACCUCCUCGUCCUCAAUCAAUGGUAACUCAACGUACAAAUUUUGACUUCGAUGGUACAUACGACGAGGAUACUCCACCGAUUCCAACGAUUGAAAGUUUAACAACGAAAUCAGCAAAACCGAUCCGAACUGUUCCAUUCCUAAAUAUAUCUGUUGUACCUGCCUGGGUAGAUCGAGAGUAA